AUGGAUACCAAAAGUAUAAAAGUUGUUCCAAGUGUUUUAUGCAUCUUUCAUGGCGAGAAUGUUGAGGUUUUCGGUGGGUGGACCCCUCCGAAAUCCUGGGAUGUUCAAACGGAUCUCCCUUAUUUGGGACCCACAGAUCUUGGUUUUGAGUUACUAAUUUUUGCAUUGGCAUUUGACUGUGAGACCCUCUCCAGAGAGAGUGAGAGAAAGGGUCCUACCACUGCACCCUUACACCAUACAUUCAUACGUAUUUCUCUUAUUUCCUCAGGGUCAGUGGACCCUCUUCCUUCUUCAACACUAGUCAUGGUUUGUGCCCUCCUCAAACGCCUUAUAUACAUGCCAUUGCCGCUGCCUAGCUUCUCCUAA